GCCAUAUAAGUGCAUGGAGUGUGGAAAGAACUUCUGUGAAAAUAUAUCCCUUAUGAGACAUAAAAGUAUCCACACAGGGGAGAAGCCAUAUAAAUGCAUGGAGUGUGGAAAGAGCUUCUGUGAAAAUACAUCCCUUCUGAGACAUAAAAGGAUCCACACAGGGGAGAAGCCAUAUAAGUGCAUGAAGUGUGGAAAGACUUUUACUCAAAACACUCAUCUUACUUCCCACAAAAGGAUCCAUGCAGGGGAGAAGCCAUAUAAGUGCAUGGAGUGUGGAAAGACUUUUACUCAAAACACUCAUCUUACUUCCCAUAAAAGGAUCCAUACAGGGGAGAAGCGAUAUAAGUGCAUGGAGUGUGGAAAGAGCUUCUGUGACAAUACAUCCCUUGUGAGACAUAAAAGGAUCCACAGAGGGGAGAAGCCAUAUAAGUGCAUGGAGUGUGAAAAGACUUUUACUCAAAACACUCAUCUUACUGCCCAUAAAAGGAUCCACACAGGGGAGAAGCCAUAUAAGUGCAUGGAGUGUGGAAAGAACGUCUGUGAAUAUAGUCAUCUUACUUCCCAUAAAAGGAUCCACACAGGGGAGAAGCCAUAUAAGUGCAUGGAGUGUGGAAAGAGCUUCUGUAAAAAUACAUCCCUUAUGAGACAUAAAAGUAUCCACACAGGGGAGAAGCCAUAUAAAUGCAUGGAGUGUGGAAAGAGCUUCUGUAAAAAUUCAUCCCUUAUGAGACAUAAAAGGAUCCACACAGGGGAGAAGCCAUAUAAGUGCAUGGAGUGUGGAAAGACCUUUACUGAAAACAGUCAUCUUACUUCCCAUAAAUGGAUCCACACAGGGGAGAAGCCAUAUAAGUGCACGGAGUGUGGAAAGACUUUUAUUGAAAACAGUCAUCUUACUUCCCAUAAAAGGAUCCACACAGGGGAGAAGCCAUAUAAGUGCACGGAGUGUGGAAAGACUUUUACUCGAAACAGUCAUCUUACUUCCCAUAAAAGGAUCCACACAGGGGAGAAGCCAUAUAAGUGCACAGAGUGUGGAAAGACUUUUACUCGAAACAGUCAUCUUACUUCCCAUAAAAGGAUC